AUGAAGGUUUUUGCUUUUAAAUAUGCUCCCGUUUUUGUCUGCCUUCUAGCUCUAUUUAUAAUUUGUGAGAUUGUAAAUUAUUCUGAAGGAUUUCCAACGGGAACAUUGUUUCGAGAGAAACGGGCCAAUGGUGGAAACGGAAAGUCUUUAUCCAAGCAGGAGAAUAAGCUUGGAGGUAAAAAGAAAUCCUUCAAGAAAAAUGGAAGUGGCGGGAUUGUUGGAACACUUAAAAAUGCGAAAAAAAGUUUAGACAAUAAAAGUAUUAGUGGAACACAGGCAGUAGGAUUAACGGCGUUAGGUGUAGGUCUUGGAACGCUUGUCGGGACUGUAGCUGGUAGGGGCAUAGAAAAGGACCAGCAAGGAUUUAUGCAACAACAAUAUAAUGGUGGUGGAGGAUUUGUUCCUAAUUAUCCGCAACCUGCAAUUAUGCCGCAACAAUUUAUGCCCCCACCAAUGCCUUGUUACUAA